GAUGGUUGUCUGAAGCUGACCCACUAGCAAACAAAGUAAAUGAAAGUUACUGUAAAGUUUGCAAAUCGUACUUAAGGGCACACUUGACCGAUUUAAAAAAACAUAGCACUACCAAAGUGCAUGUGGAAAAUAUGAAAAUGAUCAAGCCGUCUUCAAACCAGAGUAAAUUAAAUAAUAUAAUAAUUGUUACAAACGAAYAAAAAGAGUUAGAUUUAAAACUUGCUGUUUAUGUAGCCACUCACAGUUCAAUUAGGAGUAUGGACCAUUUGUGUGAAAUACUCAAGUUAAURGGAAAUAAUUCUUUGUUAACUAAUUUAAAGCUCCAUCGUACAAAGUGUUCAAGUUUAAUUAAAAACGUUUUAGGGCCUUCACUAUUGGAAGAUUUAGUUAAAGAUUGUAAUACUGGCCCAUUUUCACUCAUUGUCGACGAAUCAACUGAUAUUUCUGUUGUAAAAUAUUUAUGCCUGUGUAUAAAAUAUUUUAGUAUUAAGGAUMAAUGUAUAAAAAUUGAAUUCUUAGGAUUAGUCGAAGUMGAUAGCUGCACAGCUGACUUAUUGUUUCAACAUUUAUGCAAAUAUAYCAAAAAUAUAGRCCUUGAUAUUAACCAAUUAAUUGGAAUUGGCACGGAUGGAGCUAGCAAUCUCUGUGGGAAAAAUCAUUCGCUGUUUGCUCUUCUGAAAAAAAAUAAUCCAAAUUUACAAAUCGUUCGAUGUAUUUGUCAUUCGUUAAAUAAUGCAAUUUCAAAAGCUAGUGAUCAAUUUCCUAGCCAUAUUGAUUAUAUAUGUCGUGAAGUUUAUAAUUGGUUCCACAUUAGUCCACUCCGAAGAGCCGAGUACAAAAGAACAUUUGACCUGAUUAAUUCUGGUCCAAAUAAUAAAAAAUUUCACAAUUUUCAUCAGUUAUCAGCUACUCGUUGGUUAGCUCGUUCGAAUGUUGUUAAUAACAUUGUAGAACAUUGGUUGGAGUUGAAAAUACAUUUUUCACUAGUGGUAAAAAAAGAAAAGUGUUAUGUUGCUAGAGUUUUAAAUCAGAUGUUGAAUGAUGAU